AUGAAGCGACGAACAGCAACGGCAGAGGCAGAGGAGGCCUUCUCGGCGCCGAAGAGGCGCUUCUGCAGCAAAGCCUCCUUGAAUGGACCACUGGAACAGCUGCAUGCUAGAGCCCAGGACCUCUUGGAGACCGCCCGCGCACAGCGCACGGCGACCAGCCGCGCGGCACAAGAGCGGCAACACGAGGAAGAGGCCGAGCGAAGGGAAUUGGAGGCGGUCCAAGCAAGGCAUGCAGAGGCACAAGAGCGCCGUCGGGCGGCCCAAGCUUCACUGGAAGAGGCACGCAAGGCCUUAGAGGCUGCACACGCGGAGGCCUUGCGCCGGGAGCAUGCCAAUCAGCUGGCGGAGAAGCAAGAGCAGGAGGCGAAGCAGCAGCUGGACGCCGACCUCCUGACGAGCGGCGUGCGCCGCAGCGCCGCUGAGGACGCCCAGCGGCAACGCAGCGUCCAGGAGAAUAUCAUGAUCUUCAAGUUGAAGAGCCUCUUUUCGCAGCUGAACUUGCCCAGCCACGGCAAGCAGGGCUUGGACAGCUUCUUGGACACCUUGGAGCACUUUCUGGCGGCCGCUGGCUAUUCGAGACCGGCACCUCGACCGGUCGAGGUCGCUCCCGAGGCCUCCUCUGCAGCGCAAGAGGAUCUCGGCGUGACGCAGGCCGUUCCGCCACCUGACCUGGAGGUGCCGCAGGCGAGCGCUUCCAGCAAGUCACCAGCAGAGGCGCCUGAAGCCACUGGUGCCAACCUGAUUUUAGUCAUGGAGGGCGGCGGCUUCCGGGUCGAGAGCACCUUCCCCACAGAGACCGCCGAGGUGCGCCAGCAGGAGCUUCGCACGGCCAUCAGCGCUGCGAAGGAAGCAGUGGUGCAGCGUGGAAAGGAGCACAAGACCGCACAAGAGGCUCACUUGGGAUUCCUGAGGGAGAUGGAAGCGAAAGAGGAGGCCUCACGAAAAUUGCUACAAGAACUGGAGCAGCUGGUGGUCAAGGCAAAGCAAUCACAAGAGGCUUGCGCGGUGGAAGUGACGAAGCUCCAAGAGUUGACCAACCACUUUGAGACGUGCCGGGAGAAUCCCGAGAAGGCCAAACCCAAGGCCGUGAAGGCGCUGAAGGUGGCGCUGAAGGAGCUGGGCGCUGAAGAGCAAACUUUGAAGUCCUUGCCAGAGAUCUUGGCGAAGAAGAAGGGCAAACGCACCACCAAAGAGAGGAAGCUCCUGGGCGGCCUCGAGGAGAUCUUGAAGGCACAGCUCAACGCACGACGAGGCCUUCACAACAAGUGUACGAAAGAAGUGGACGUCCGUCAGGACCAGCUCCGCGGCGCCGAAGUGGAAGCGAGGUCUCGCAGCGAGGCCAUCGAGGCGUCCAAGCUUCGAGUGGAGGAGCAAAAAGCAUUGGUCACGACGGCAGAGGAGCAGGUCCAAGCGGCCUUGAGCGCUCUGAACGAGCACGAGGGCAAGAUGACCUCAGUGGGGAAGAUGUUGAGAUUUAACUCUUGGAGCGAAGCUUGCUGCAUUUGCUGCGAGGAGAUGCCACGCGAUGCCGCCGCCACCCUCGGAUGUGGCCAUGGCUGGUACUGCCCUGCCUGUGUGAACCGUUUCGUCGAGGCGCGCUUGGACGAAGGCCUCGCUGGAGUUCCCUGCCCGUCCUGCCACGGCGAGAUUUCGGAAGGCGACCUGAUACGUCUGUUGCCGAAGCCCACCAUUUUCCGACUGCACGCCUCGAACAUCCACCGCAAAGCGAUGGCCUCCGGCGCCAAGCCCCGGCCCUGUCCCACAGCUGAUUGUGGCAUGCAGAAGAUCUUCGAAGAUGCUCGAUCUGCACGUGACACCUGCCCACUUUGCGAGAAGGAGUCCUGUUGGUGGUGUGGCGCGCAGCCCUUCCACGAGAACAUGACCUGCGAACAGUGGCGCGACGUUCGGCGCCGUUCGAGUACGAGAGAUGGUGAGGAUGCUAGCUUCUUGAAAUGGAUGAAGGAGACAGGGACCAAGCAAUGUCCCACUUGUGGGAUGGCCACUUCCAAGGAGAACCUGGAAAUGCAAAGUGACCAGGUGGAAGAGUGUCACAAGAUGCUCUGCCGGAGCUGUGGCACCAAGUUCUGCUUCGCUUGCCUGGCGAUCCUCACGGACAGCUACACUUGUGGAUGCACACAGAAUGCCCACAACUUUGUUGACCCUCACACUGGCAAGCUGGUGAAACACCUGAAGAAGCCCAAAGCCAAAGCCAAGAGGUGCGCGCGCGACCACGGGUGGCGCGGCGUUCUACCGUCGCGCGUACGUGUUCGGCAUGUUGGACGCGAUUUGUCCCCCAUCUCUUUGAUCAUCCCAAGGUGGGGUAACGGUUAG